GAACAGGAGGUCCCCCGGGUACAGGAGGUCCGCCGGGUACAGGAGGUCCGCCAGCUACAGGAGGUCCACCUGGUUCAGGAGGUCCACCAGGCACAGUGGGCCCCCCAGGUUCAGGAGGUCCACCAGGCACAGGAGGUCCACCUGGUUCAGGGGGUCCACCAGGUACAAGAGGUCCUCCUGGAAGUGGAGGUCCACCAGGCACAUCAGGUCCACCGGGAACUAUCGGAACAGGAGGUCCUCCGGGAACAGGUAAUAGUGUUCAGGGAACAAAGGGAGAACCGGGACCACCUGGUACCAUAGGCCCAACUGGUGUCCCGGGCCCACAAGGUGAAAAGGGCGAUCGUGUAGACGGAAGCAAGGGUGUGAAAGGACUGAAAGGACGAAAAGGUGAACAGGGAUUGGUGAAUACAAUAGAGGUGGCGAUGCAUCGUGUAGACAUCGAAGGUUUCUGCGCCAAAGAAUACAGCAGAGAAAUAAACGGAGCGAAGACGUAUCAUCAGGUUCAAGGUUUACCAUGUGAAGAGUAUGUUGUCUGUUAUCUUGGGUCUGGUAUCACGAAGAGAUGUCCCACUGGCCUUAGACUUGACACGCUCACGGCUAUGUGUACACUGGUUUGUGACGAACAAGGUCUCCAGCAGAUUGUUAUCGUUAGUAUUGUUGUCACAUCUAUCGUCUUCCUAGUUGGUGCUAGUGUCAUCUAUCGAUCAAAGAAAAGACUAGACAGCUAUAUGCUGAAGGCACACGCUUAGGGUUAGCACAUUCUGCGCACGCCAUUUUUACAUCAGUGCGUUGCUUUAAUCAAACACUAUCAAACUACAUACCUUUUUGGUUCAAGAUAUGCUGCAUCCAAAUGGUGGUGUGACCAGUUUAUAUUUAAGAGAAACAAAAUAAAAUAGUCGCAGAAAGUUAUUGUUUAUUUAAUUUGAUUUUCUAUCAUUAUUUGAAGGGUAAAUCGAAGCGUUCUCAAUAUACCCUUGCUUCACUUUUGACAAAGGAGAACCCCCGAUAAGGAGAGCUUUUUAGAAGGACACAACUAUUUUAUUCUGGAAGUGAUCAUCAUGCAUGAAAUUUUAACAUAUUUUUAGAAAUGAGGUGACUUUAUACAUCCUGAAAUAUUUUCUUCGAAUUAUUAAAACGUGCGUUUGAAGAACGUUUUUUGUGAAGCGAUAAAAUUCAAUUUUAUUUAAC